CAACAGCAUCCGGUACCCGUACCAUGACAGUACCGUCACCAGCACCAUGCUCACCGUACUGGGGCUUGGGUUACCCAUUUCCUCUCCGGAUUGCCUUUUGCAAUUCUCACUUCAAGGCACACCCCCUUCCAGCGAGGACUGUUCUGUAAUGACGUGUCCAUCAAGUACCCUUACAAGGAAGACACCAUCCCUUAUGCGUUACUGGGGGGAAUACUCAUUCCAUUCAGUGUCAUCGUCAUGGUCCUCGGAGAAGCCCUGUGUGUUUACUGUAACCUCCUGCACUCGGACUCCUUCGUCAGGAAUAACUAUGUGGCCACCAUCUACAAGGCCGUGGGCACCUUCCUGUUCGGCGCGGCCGCCAGCCAGUCCCUGACCGACAUCGCCAAGUACUCCAUCGGCAGGCUGCGGCCGCACUUCCUGGACGUCUGCGACCCAGACUGGUCAAAGAUCAACUGCAGCAGCGAAGGUUACAUUGAAAACUACGUCUGCCGAGGGAACGCGCAGAAAGUGAAGGAGGGCAGGCUGUCCUUCUACUCGGGCCACUCCUCCUUCUCCAUGUACUGCAUGCUGUUCCUGGCGCUCUACCUUCAGGCCAGGAUGCGGGCGGACUGGGCGAGGCUCCUGCGGCCCACACUGCAGUUCGGCCUCGUGGCCACGUCCAUCUACGUGGGCCUUUCUCGCGUGUCCGACUACAAGCACCACUGGAGCGACGUGCUGACGGGGCUCAUCCAGGGGGCGUUGGUGGCCGUGCUGGUGGUGGUGUAUGUAUCAGAUUUCUUCAAGGAGAGAAAUUCUUUUAAGGAAAGAAAGGAGGAGGCUUCUCAUACAAACCUGCAUGAAACGGCCUCGGGGGAGAAUCACUUCCGGAACAAUCAGCCCUGAAGGCGUGAGGGCAGAGGGAGAAGGAUGCUGCCCAGAGAGAGGGCGUGUCCCUGUGUGCACAGCCUGGGAGGGACUCUGCUGCUAUUCCCACGCUCACUUCCCUGUGUGUACAUAGUUCCCUAACACGGCGGCUGUCUAAUAGCUCCAAGUCCACGAAGAAAUGUCAGCCUUUCAACAAUGCCUCACCUGUACAUUUUUAUUAAAAACGCAACGCUUAUGUA